AUGAAUUCCUAUUUCACAAACCCGUCGUUAUCUUGCCACCUCACCAGUGGUCAAGAGGUACUGCCCAACGUGGCUCUCAAUUCCACUGCCUAUGACCCUGUAAGGCAUUUUUCAACUUAUGGAGCAGCGGUUGCUCAAAACAGGAUCUAUUCAUCUCCUUUUUAUUCACCGCAAGAUAAUGUUGUGUUUAGUUCCAGUCGGGGACCAUAUGAUUACGGAUCUAAUGCCUUUUAUCAAGAAAAAGACAUGCUCUCUAGCUGCAGGCAAAAUUCUAUGGGACACAAUACACAAACUUCCAUUGCACAGGAUUUUACAAGUGACCAAAACAGGAGCACAUCCCAGGAACAGAAAACUAGCAUUCAAAUAUACCCGUGGAUGCAGCGCAUGAACUCCCACAGUGUUUGUUUGGUUUCCGAAUCCUUAGGGGUCGGCUAUGGAGCAGAUCGAAGGAGGGGGCGUCAGAUCUACUCCCGUUACCAGACCCUGGAGCUGGAGAAGGAGUUCCAUUUCAAUCGCUACUUGACGCGGCGGCGAAGGAUUGAGAUAGCCAACGCUCUUUGCCUAACUGAACGCCAGAUCAAGAUCUGGUUCCAAAACAGGAGGAUGAAAUGGAAAAAAGAAAGCAAUUUGAGUUCCACCCUGUCUGGAGGAGGUGGCGCUGGAGCAGCUGCGGAUAGCUUGGGUGCAAAGGAAGAGAAAAGAGAAGAGACAGAGGAAGAAAAACCAAAGGAAUAAACACUGACGGCUCAGCUAGCAUCCCCCACAACACACAGAAUCCCCCACCCCCAUUUUCUCUUCGCCCUCCUAUCUAUUACCACUGGCACAAUUUAUACAUUUGGCUCCACGUAAAGGGGGGAGAAAGAGAGAGAGAGAGAGAGAGAGAGAGAGAGAGAGAGAGAGAGAGAGAGAGAGCUCCCUUCCCCCAAUUCCCAGUCUCCAGCACUGAUGUAUCUAGUUUUACAACUAGGUCCAAAAUCGCCCUUACUUUCUGCCUCUAAAGCCCAUCAUCUUCAUCUCCAGCCCCACCCACCCCCACACACGCUUUCUCCUUCCAUGCGAUCCUAUUUAUCUACCUUUGCAUAAGGACUGUAUUUAACGCAACACCCAAUUCCUCCUCGUCUCAAGAAAGAAUUUUGCUGUAGGGGCUGCCUGUGGCUGUAUUGGGAUUAAUCCUUGUCCCGAUGAACUCUAUGCAGUUUCGCUUCCAGAAUAAUACCGAUGAUAAUGGUGGUGGUGAUGAAAAAAGACCAUUGAAUUGCCUCCCCCAGUUAAAAUAUUCUCCUUCCAUAUCCCUUCUUCCAUACCUCUAAGCUAUGUCUACCUAAUUAUAGCAUUUUCCAGAGUAAAACUAAUUGUAUUUAAACACUACCCGGGGUCAUUAUGCAUACUACAAACUGUGACAGUUUCUGUGUGAAUAUUUUUAGAUGUAUUUGUGGUCUCUGUAUUUAUAUUUAUGUUUAGCACUGUAAUGUUCAAGCAGUAUAAAGUGAAUGGAAUUCUAUAGCAAGUAGGAUUUAAAAAAAGAAAGCAAGCAAAUGUUGUGUCACACUCUCUAACAUCAUGUAUAAAGGUCACGUCCAGAGGACUAUGGUUGAGUAUUUAAUAAAAACUGGAUAUUAUUUUUAAAAUUUA